AUGGAGACUAUCAAGGAGAUCGUCCGCGACGCGCCUUUUGGCCAACUCGUUCGUUACGCAACACGUAACCGGUUCUUCAAGUAUCCCGAAGAAAUACCUGGCCCUUCACGCCUCGAAGCCGACCUAGCCCUCCAUACCACCCACUCACCCGUCCACUCAAUCGCCCCCGUAAAGACGGCCGACGGCCUCAUACUAGCCGAAUGGUAUACCACAACCGACACUGCGAACCCGCAGAACUGGUCGCAGGGCAAGAAGACAUGGACGGCUUUCUUGAUCUGUCUGUAUACGUUUAUUGUGUACGCUGGCAGUUCGAUAUACGUCAGUAGUACGCUGCUGGUUAUGAGUGAGUUUGGAGUGGGGGCAUUCAAGGCGAGUUUGGGGUUGGCGCUUUAUGUGCUAGGUAUGUUGCUGAUCUUCGUUGAGAGAGACGAUGGAUAG